CUCGGCGGAAAGAGAGGAUAGAGAAGAUAGGCACGAUGGCUGCGCAGAGGGGUGUACAGAAAGUCGUUUGGGAGGUUCGCUUGGAUGAGUACGAUGUGGACCAGACCGAGUUUCGAGGCUGGUUCGAGGGACAGGUGAGGGUGUUCAUGGCGCUCCCGGACGGUAAAUGUCGAGUGGAAUUUGUGUGGCAGGAUGGCUACCUCUCUCGGCCCUGGUGAGAACCGAGAACUACGGAGCUAUUCGAUGGAAAGCGACCUAUAUUUGGCCUCGUUCCGCUGUCUAUUGUGUCUUAUUUUUUUCGAUGUUCGCCAAGCCAGUUCGAUUUAUUCCUCAAAUCAAGAUAUCGUAGCAUAAGUGAAGGCGACAUGUCCGUCGACCCCACCACGUCCAUGGGCUCGAACCCGAGACGUUGGAGAACAGUACGAGCAAGAGCAGCGGUGACCGGGAGGAGCCUUCGGCAAACUAGAAUGUUCCCCGGUAAUGCCUCGAAUCGAGUGCUCGCUAUCUGAUCGAUGUAAUAUGCAACGAAUACUGGCAGAGGAUUUUCCUAGUUCAUGUGUCAAUAAUAGUUUGUACUUUUCGC